AUGGACUGGCAAGGCAAGGUACCCAGGAUUAUCUUGAGCGGAUCCCCGUACGAAAUCGGCCUUGCACAUGGCCGUCUUCUGGCUGAGCAGAUCCUUGCACAACUAGUGAUAUAUCGUGCGCUUUUCCUUGAGACAUGCAAAUUCGAGUGGGAACAUGUCUUAGAUGUUGCUGCGGAGUUCAGCGCCACGAUCGAACAGCUCGCACCCGAUCUACUCGAGGAGAUGCGUGGGAUAGCGGACGGAACGGGCAGCACCGACGUCGGCCUGCUUGACAUUAUCGCAUUGAACUGCCGUAGCGAGAUUGCUCUGGGCCAGUGGGAUGAUGGGUGCACGGCGCUGGGAUGGCGACUCCCGACAGACAAUAAUAGCCAGAAACAGAUCUUGGCCCAGAACUGGGACUGGCGCACGACCGUCGGCCCCAACCUCGCCAUGGUCUCCAUCAGACAGCAAGGAAAACCUACCAUUUGGAUGGUCACCGAGCCAGGAAUCGUCGGCAAGAUAGGCUUCAACUCGUCCUCCGUCGGGGUAUGCCUGAACGCCAUCCGCGCGCGACCAACAUUGACGACGCUACUUCCCAUCCAUAUUCUACUCCGUCUCGCGCUGGAGUCCCCCUCGGCCUCCGAUGCCAUAUCUACCAUCGAGGCGCUCGGCGGCGCGGGGUCUUCGCAACAUAUCCUGAUUGCGGACAGCGCAGGUGCUCGCUCACUCGAGCUGUCGCCGCGCGGCGGGGUGUACCUCGGCGCAGACGCGGACGGACUAGUCGUGCACACGAACCACUUCCUCGCGAACAGGCUUGUCGACGAGCCGCCGUGGCUCGCUGGGUCGCCGCUCAGGCUGGCGCGCGCACGUGAGCUGUGUCAGGAAAUCCUCGUGGGAGCACAGCGCUCCGAGCUCCCCGCAGGGCAGGUGGUCGAUGCGACGGUGCUGCGGCGCCGCGUGUUUUCCGACGCGGAGGGAGCGCCGCAAGCGAUUUGUUGCGUUCCCGAUGUUGCACGUGGGGGCCUUGCGAGUAUCGAGACACUGUUUAAUAUUGUCAUGACAUUUGAGGACGGCAAAAGCCCGGUGGCGGAGGUGGUGUUCGGAAGACCAGGCAGUGCCACAGAGAGUAGCGUCUACAAGAUGCCUUGGUAA